UAUUUUUAAGUACUAAGAGAAAAUGUAGAAAUGGUCAGGCUGCUUUUCUGGAUGACUCUUAAUCCAGACUAUAAUGAAUUGAUUCAACCGGAGCUAGAAUCACUCGCUACACUCUUUGGGCUCAAUUCGGAGGAGUUCAAGCUAAGUGAGUAUAAAGACGUAUCGCACUUCUCUAAUAACCCUUUUGAUGAAAAUGGAUGCUAUCGUUCAUUCGACGAUUACUACAAAGCUUUGCUCUCAGGAAACACAACAGAAGAGACAAAAAUUGCAAAAAAUAAGCAAAAUGUUUUCUAUUAUGCAAAUGUGCCUUCUAUAGAUACAGCUAUUGCAAUUUUCGAUAGAUCCAUUUUACUCAAAGGAGUGAUUGAUGUAUGGGUAGAAGGACAAAGCUAUGAUGAAAUAAUGCAAGAUAUUAAAUGCAAUCAUGAAAAAAGGAUUGAUGAAACGCUUGUAAAUAAACGUUGGUGUGCUAAGUUUAACUGCUUCAACGGUAAAAAUGACCAAGGUAGACAAGUUGCCAUACUAGAAGAAAUGUCAGAACUGUUCGACAUGGCGGGUAAAGUUGAUAUUAAAAAUCCAGAAACUAAAAUUGCAAUAAUAGAGCAAUAUGAAGGUGAUAGUUCAAAACAUAUGGAAAAAAUAUUCUUUGGGCAUUACAUUCGAGACCGUUGCGAUAUUGGGUAUUGGUGGGAUAAAUACUCCCUAACUCGAAGGCCAAUUUUGGCUCCCACUACAUUGGAUAAUAUGCUAGCUUUCAUUAUGGCAAACUUGGCAUUAGUGAAGAAAGGUUCAGUAGUUUUGGAUCCAUUCGUUGGGUCAGCAGGAUCUCUAAUCGCAGCGACACACCUUGGAGCUAUAUGCUUCGGCAGUGAUAUCGAUAUGAGAAUACUGAAGGGAUGGUCAAUGGCCCAUCACAAUCGUAAUUUACCACCAUCAGAGCUUCAAAAGAAUGCAUAUACUAAUUUCACCUUCUACAAUCUGUGCCACCCUGACAUUUUACGCUUCGAUAACAGAAGUACCGUUUGGAGAGGUAUGCUACAAUCCGACAGCGGAAAAAGAGAGUGGGUAGAUGCAAUUAUCGCAGAUCCACCCUACGGUAUACGAGCUAGUGCGAAGAAUCGCAGACUCUUACAUGAUACUGCAGAUGAUGGUAUUGUAGAUAGUCUUAUAGAAAAUCUGCUUUCUAUUGCUGCUAGCAUGCUAGUGCCAGGGGGUAGGCUAGUAUUUCUUUUGCCUACUAAAAACAACAAAAUCGUGGAGACGUUGCAAACCUUGCGUCAUGCAACGUUGCAUGUCCUACACCUCGGCUUGCAGUCUUUAGCCGGAGAUGCUUCAAGAUUUAUAGUCACCCUGACUAAAAGCAACAAAUGUAACACUGCAUCUCAAUGAUUA